UUCAAUUCUCACUAAACAAAGUGGAACCAAAACUAAACAAGAACAAACCAAACCCAUGCAAAAGAAAUCCCCAAAGAAGAUCACUUUAUUAUGGGGAGGCUAAUAAGAACUUCUAAACCUCUUAUCUUCCACUCAAAGCUCCUCUGUUUUUCUCUGUUCUAUCUCUUCACCACUCUGUUCCUUGCUCUCUACACCUCUCUGUCCCAAUCCAAAUGUUUCUUCCGAUCGUCCCCUUCGGAUCCCGUUCAGAAUUCUCUCUUCUCUUACCCUUCUUCCUAUGGGGAGCACAAGUACGCUGUGUCAACCACCCGUUCUACAUGUUCUUCCCCUGUUUUCUUUUCAGAUUACUCGGAUGUUGUGAAGGAGAUCAAGAAUUGCCGCAAUAACAAUGUAGGCUAUUCAGGGGCUCUGCGGUAUAUGCAAGGGAAUUUGGAUAGUUUUGGGGGGAAUCUCAACACCCUUUCGAGGUUUUCUUAUUUUGAUCACCAAAAUGAUAGCACGGAAGUUCCAUGCGGAUUUCUGAAGAAAUUUCCAAUUAGUGAUUCCGAUCGAAUUGCGAUGGAGAAGUGUGACAGUGUGGUUGUGGUUUCAGCAAUCUUCAAUGAUCAUGAUAAAAUUCGUCAACCGAAGGGCCUUGGGUCCAAUACAUUGCAAGAAGUGUGUUUUUUUAUGUUUGUAGAUGAUGUUACCCUCAAAGGUCUUGAACAUCAUGGAUUGGUUUCAAUAAAUUCAAGAGAAUACAAGAUAGGUGUAUGGAGGAUUGUGAAGGUUGCAAAAGAGAAUUUGUAUCAGAACCCAGCAAUGAAUGGGGUUAUACCAAAGUAUUUAGUCCAUAGGUUAUUCCCACAUUCCCACUUCAGCAUUUGGAUAGACGCAAAGUUGCAACUAAUGGUUGAUCCGUUAUUGUUGAUUCAUUCUCUUGUUAUAUCUAAAAAUGUAGACAUGGCUAUAUCAAAACACCCUUAUUAUGUUCAUACCAUGGAAGAAGCAAUGGCAACUGCAAGAUGGAAGAAAUUGUUGGAUGUCAACGCCUUGAAGGAACAAAUGGAGACAUACUGUGAAAAUGGAUUGCAACCAUGGAGUCCCAACAAACAACCCUAUGUGUCAGAUGUACCAGAUAGUGCUUUGAUAUUAAGGAGGCAUGGACUUGGCAGUAACCUCUUCUCCUGCCUCAUAUUCAAUGAGUUGCAGGCAUUUAACCCAAGAGACCAAUUGCCUUUUGCAUUUGUUAGAGAUCACAUGAAGCCCAACCUGAAGCUGAACAUGUUUGAGGUAGAAGUUUUUGAACAGGUGGCAGUGGAGUACAGACACAAUCUCAAGAGCAGUGAUGGGACCACUGUGAAGAAAGUGUUCAGUUCAGGAAGAACCAAAAGGGCACACCCUGAUUUGUUGUAUGUGAAUGGAAGUUGUUGCAGCAAGUGCCAAAAGUAUCUUUCUAUAAUGUGGGGGGAAUCAUCAAAUGAUUAAUGACCCCAUAAGAGAAGAAAAGAGGACAAAAAACAAAGAAAGAUAAGAGUCUAGUAGAUGGAUUUGUCUUUUAACAAAGUGUUAAGCAGAUUAAAAAUGAAAAAAAUCGAUAAAGAUAUAUAUUUGGAGAAAAAGAAAAACAAUUCUUUUACAAGUAUUGUUAUUCUUUUACCAGUAUUGUUAACUAGU